AUGUGGGACCGCGCCCGAGCCUCUGCCACAGCGGGUCUGGACAGGAUGCAUCGCCGUCAUCUUACAGGCACUGCAGGUGGCUUUAGCAGCACCAGCACCGCGGGCUACAACGACCGCCCCGGCGCUGACAGAAAGCACGCGGGCGACGCUGCUACGCCCAUGUCGUGGACCACGAUUUCGACCUCGACUUCAUCCUCGACCUUUUACCAAACCAACGUCGACGGGCCUGCGAAUGCACUGGGCAUCGAAAUCGCAAACACUGCUACAGCGCCGCAAAGACCGCAGCGCCCACAGGCUGAUGCUCCGAGCGCCAGGGUCACAUCGGCUCUCCACACUGGAAUAAUCUCGACAGACGAUCUCGCUGACUCCGCAGCGUCAUUAUCGCACCCUGGCUUUGAGCCGCCGCCGCGGAACCCCAGACGGCUUCUGCAACAAUACUCCAAGGAUUCGACCUGGUCCCUCGCUACACCGGCGAAUCCAGAGCCUCAGAUCGUCACCGAUUCAGAAUCCAACUAUACCAGUGACGGCGACGGGUACUCUUCGUCCCCGGCCCCCAACUUCAAGCUGGCUGCCAUGUAUUCGAGGCGGCGCCCCCCGGCGCUUGAUCAGAUUUCACCUCCGAGCUCACCAGAAACCGGCGCUUUCAAGUACGAUGCGCCCGUGUCUCCCAUCGACGACGAGGACGCCGACUUUCGAGAGAAUCCUUUUCAGGGAAACCAGAGACAACAGCCUUUCACGACGCCACGGCACAUGACUGAUAGACCCAUUCAAUCGCAUCAAUACAGAGCCUACCAACCACCUGUGGAGCCCAUGCCUCUGACUUUUGAAGAUCCAAGAGGCCUGGCAGACGUGCCGGCGCCACAUGUCGCUUUGCCACGGAGCAACAAGAUGCGCUUACCUACAGUCAACGAGACUUCAGUUGCGCAACGAUUCAAGUUCCUCACCAAGGGAGCAGCGACGCCGACAGAGAAUCUGUCUGAUCGGCCAACGCGGGGUGGUCCAGGUGAAGCGCCGGUGCAUAUUCCACGAAGAAGCAGCAAGCGCAUCAGCCGCACUUACAAUGGGCCUCGAAACAUAUCAGCUCCGCUGCCGUCUAUUCAGUCGUCCUCUGAGCUAGAAACGCCUCCGCGCGAGCAGGCAAUACCAGACCGUGACCUUCUCCCCUCGGCGCGGGCGCAAAGAACCCAAAACACAAGUAUGAAUCCGUCCAGUUUCACGCCACAGAAUGUCAACAGCAUCAAUUCUCUUCCAACGCCGCCUCCCAAUCAGCGGUACCCGACGCCACAAUCUAUGGAAUCAGUUCGUGCGCAGUCACCUUCAAUUGCGGAACUGACUCCCACAGCGCUGAGAAUCAUUAAGAGGAAACCAGCGCAAAACCACCAAGCCGAGCCAGCGCCACCCGCUAAUCCAUCAACUUCAAGUCCGGCUUACAUAAAUCCUCCUCCGCGGAGAGCCUCGGCUGCUGCCGCUACUACUACUACUACUACUACCGAUACUGGACUUAAUGAAACAGCGCCUCAGCGCACCAAUGUCGGCGAAACGUGGACGCAACCCCCUUCGCGUUUCAGUGUCACGACCUAUGCUACUUCAAAUGCAGGCACUCCCCAACAGCCUUCUAAAGAUUACACGCCGACAAUGACAAACUCUACCGUCCCUGUCGUGACCCGUCCGGGCCCAUAUUCGAAGCAGGAAAUUCAUAAUGCUCCUUCUGCCAGCCACACAAUAACAAUGCCGAAGCAAAGGGCGCAGAUGUCCAGCCCAUACGGAGCUGGUAACCAGAUUGCAGUCUCGAGCGAGGCAUCUCUCAGCGGGCCUGCGCCCCACGGCCGGACCGUCAGUAACAUGGAAUCGUCGCGUCGCAGUUCCAUAAUGUCCAUGUCCAAGCCACUGCCCCCCGCGCCGCCAGAACUAGCAUCCUCGCCCAAUGACAGAAUUGCGCAAUUACGCGCUGUUCUGUCGGGAUUAGCUCGCCGCAAGGUCAACAUCAGCAAGAGCAUCCAGCAGAUGACGGAGCUGAUGCCUCGAGAUAACCUGAUGGCCAGUGAGGAGGUGCUUCGAAAGAGGGAGGUUGAGAAACAGAAGAUCCAAGGGCUGAAACAAGAGCUGGCUGAGAUACAGCACGAAGAGUACGACUUGGGCUUGAAGUUACACAGAGCAUACAAGCGUCAAGAAAAGGAUGCAGAAUACGAACCAACCACGCUAUGGGUUCGCAGAAUUACUACCAAUUAA